UCGUUCUGUCGUCACGUAUUGUUUUGUUUUCUUUCAUUUACGUUUAUAAUUAUGAAUUUUUUGUCGUGUUUUUCUGCUAAUUAAACUGCGGACGAUUCCCUACUUAAUUGUUCUGGACGGACUAUGUUGUGAAGUGAACCGGGUUGGCUGGUUUUGUGUCGGUUUUUAUUAUUUAUAAAAGAAUGAUGAUGGACCAGGCGCAUUUCGGCGAGUAUCUGCUGCGGCAGCAAAUGUUACAUGCCGCUUCUCUGAGUGGAUUACAACACCGCAUAGGGGCGGAUGCGGAGCCGCCAGCGUGCGAAGCGCGACUUCUCAACGGCGACCUCUGGAGGAGAUUUCAUGACAUCGGUACCGAAAUGAUCAUCACCAAGGGCGGAAGACGUAUGUUUCCAUCGCUUCGCAUCUCGCUAGCUGGUCUCGACCCUCGAGAGGAGUACUGCGUCCUAUUGGAGUUAUCUCUUGUCGGACGCCGGCGUUGGCGGUGGGCGGGCGGCGCGUGGGCCGCAGCGGGCGGUGCCGAACCACAGUCCCCGCGAAGACUUAUGCUACACCCAGAUUCACCUGCCCCCGGACAUCACUGGACGGCCAACCCCGUCUCCUUCAGCAAAUUGAAGCUAACAAACAACACCAUGGACGCCCAGGGACACAUGGUACUUACUUCAAUGCAUAAGUAUUGUCCUCGGGUCCUGGUUGUGCGCGCACGAGAUGCAGCAGCGCUGGCGUGGGGUGCUCCUCAUGCAGCCUUCUCCUUCCCUGAGACUGAGUUCAUCGCCGUCACUGCUUAUCAGAAUGACCGAAUAACGAAACUGAAGAUAGAUAACAAUCCAUUUGCAAAAGGAUUCAGAGCCUGUGGUCAAUCCAAGUGCAAAAGAAAGAGCAUUGAGAGUGCUAAUGAAAACAGUUCAGAGCCACCUGGCGGUGAGGCGAGUGAACCUAAGCGACCUUGUUCCGAUGCUGCUUCUUCGUGUUCAGAAGAAGGCAGUCUACGGUCGUCUUCGCCACGAUCACCUCCCCUAGUGGAAUCGCCUACACCUCUCAUUGCUCCGCCAGAAAACAUAAGUCCUCCACCUGCGGCGUUCUACCACCCAGAGUUGCCAUACUUAGGGUCCAUGCAUUUACCUAUGCCGUUAGGCUUGUGGCCUGGUAGUGCUAUGAGCAAUGGCCUCACUUGGGGUCCUAUAGCACCUCCUCCUCCACCACACGUACCUUCACCAAAAGUGGCAGACCCAGCGCCUUGUCGUCGCCUGAAAAGUUUCACAAUAAGCGCACUACUAGGAGAGGGUUGAUUAUUAAAUAAGAUACAUUGUAAAGUUUAUUUUGUAUGAAACACAUUUUAAAGGGUACUAUUUCGUAUGGCCACCUGCUGUUUGGCAGCUUUGGUAGAUUUACCAGCUUAAUUAAUAAACAAAAAUAUAUUGUUUAUACCUACGCUAGUAGAUAAGAAUUAGGCGGGAAGUCGCAAUAAUGUCACUGUAAACUAUUAAGAAAUUCUCAAUUUGUUGUAAUUAAUAUAAUUAUCUAAACAUAAGACAAACUACCUCGUUUUAGAAAAAUACUAUUUAUGUGAUAGCAGUGCCUUAUAAAUAUAUGUAAAUAGGAAGUAUGUUCACUAUAAAAAUGAUCUUGAUUAAAAGCGCUUUAAUACAGUGUUUAUUAUUAUUUAAAUUUUACAUUCUAUGAUGUUUCAAAUACUUAAGUUUUCGUUCUCUAUAGCAUAUUUGUGAAAUUUGCCGUUAAUGUACAUAGUUCCGAAUAUCAUUUCGGUAAAAUCCCGAAACAGGAAUUAAUUUUAUCUCAAAACUUAUUUUUAAUUUUUAAACCAAUGUACUUAGUAGUUGACAGUUUGAUUUAAUUAAGAAAUUUUACAAAUUUAUUUCCAUUUCAAACACAAAUUGUUAGUAUUUUUAUUAAAUUGUCAAUGC